CGUCGUCCGUAUUUUGGUCAGGAAGUGCGGAAGAAGGCGAAGACCGAAACCCGAAAGGCUGAAGUUGUACCGACGAGUUUUUGCUGUAUCUCACCACCGUUUUCUCGGACAUCCCGUGAGAAUUUGAUCCUGAGCUUGUUGGGUUCUCGAAGAGUCGCUUCAUUAUGCCGAGCAUGGAAAAACAUCUCUUCAAUUUAAAGUUCGCCGCCAAAGAACUUCAGAGAAAUUCCAAGAAAUGUGACAAAGAAGAAAAAGCGGAGAAGGCUAAAGUCAAGAAAGCCAUCCAGAAGGGCAAUAUGGAAGUGGCAAGGAUCCAUGCAGAGAACGCCAUCAGACAGAAGAACCAGUCUGUGAACUUCCUGCGGAUGAGCGCUCGGGUAGAUGCUGUGGCAGCAAGGGUCCAGACUGCAGUUACAAUGAACCAGGUCACAAAAUCUAUGGCUGGAGUGGUGAAAGGCAUGGAUGUCACCCUGAAGAGUAUGAAUCUGGAAAAGAUUUCAGCUCUCAUGGACAAAUUUGAACACCAGUUUGAAACUCUGGAUGUUCAGACAGCCCAUAUGGAGGACACCAUGAGCAGCACAACAACACUCACAACACCACAGAAUCAAGUGGAGUCUUUGAUGCACGAAAUGGCUGAUGAAGCAGGAUUGGACCUGAACAUGGAGCUCCCUCAGGGCCAGACAGGAUCAGUGGGUACCAGCGUGGCCUCUGCAGAGCAGGAUGAACUGUCUCAAAGGCUUGCCAAACUCAGAGAUCAAAUGUAAAGGAGGACUGCAGUGGACUGACACCAUAAGGCGGAGCUCCAGACCACGCCUACACUACCUGAAUAUUGCUCCCAGACAACUUUUUAUUUUACGUCAAAUCUUUUCUCCUUUUCACAUCUCAUGUGUCUCUGUCGAGGGGCUGCUGUAUCACUGUUCUUUUCGCAGGUAAUGGCCCUUGUUAAUUCUGUAUUCAUAAUAACCUUUAUGUAAACUAGCAGAUGCUGGUUGUGGAAAAUGCAUGUAUUUCUCAAAUAUACAUAUUAGCAAUGAGAAAGAUCUAAUGUAACUUUAUUGUUAGAUAUGUAUAUGUAAGAACUCCAUACAUUUUUAAGAAUAUGAAGUCUGGCAGUUAUUACCUUGUAUUUAUAGGCUGAUUUUAUACAAACAUGAUGAAUAAGGUUGAGGUUUUGGACUAUAGAAUUUGAUUUCUGGUUCAUAUGUGCAUAAUUGCAGAAAAGACAUAUGCAUUUUCUCUUGGUAUCAGCAUGUGGAAAACCUGCUCCUCUAACGUUGAGUUGAUUUCUUGUGUUGGUUGGUUGUGUUUUACUUCUGAAUAAUAUUUUAAGAGGAUAACAGAGAUGAUUGUGUUUGGUCAUCUUCAGUGUUUUCACUGAUCAUUUGGGAAGGGGCUAUGGUUUGGAUCUUACAUCCAGUAAGUAAAUAAUAAAAAUUUAUAAUACUUUUCAAUGAA